AUGACGACCACAGCACAGGAAGUGCGGCUCCUGGUGGGCCCUGUGGCUUCGGCGCUGGAGUGGCUGGGCAUGUUGCAGUUGCCUGGUAGCCCGCCCCUUGGGCUCAGGGCGCUGAUGGGAGUCUUGGUAGUCACCAUGGGCCUCCUUCUCUUCAUUCCGUCAGCGCUGUUGCUGCUGGUGGACCCGCCGUCCAAUGCAGAGACCUAUCGGGAGGUCUUCUUCCUCUCCGUCGCUAGCACCACCUGGUGGGUGAAGGCCGUGUUCUUCAUGCUAGAGCGUACUAGGCUUGAGGAGUUAAUGUCCAUCUUGGUGGAUUCGACGAAACGGUUUCCAGAAGACGGCAGUGGCAUCCGAAGGAAGUACCACCGGAGGGCAGCAAUGCUCUCUCUCGCCUGGCAGGCGGCGCCGGUUCUGUCAUUACCGACGUGGAUGAUGAUACCGAUGCUGGAAAGACAUUAUGUGACGCACGGGAACAUCACUGAGGUCUACCGGCGACCCAUGUUUUACAUGCUGACGCCUGGGAACGGGCUGGCGUCUCCCAAUUACGAAAUAAUCUACGUCGUCCAGUGCGUCGCCUUUUUGAUCGCAGUCGAGGGUAGUGUCCUGAUGGACAUAUACUUUGUUAACAUUAUGAUAAAGGUAACCUCCGAACUGGAACUCUUGAAUGUAAAUUUGGCUCGUAUGCGACUAUGUACGCCAGCACAAAGGCAAAUCCAGUCAGUGGGAAACAUCGCCGUUCCAGAAUAUUCUCAUACACGGAGCGGGCACUCUAAAGCGAAUUAUUUCUUCAACAAGACUAAAACUCUAGCGGAAGAAGAGCUGCAUGACAGUGCACUGAUCGACGAAAAUACAAGUGGUGCAAGUGAAGAGUUCUCUAAGCUCUAUAAGAGCUUAGUGAAGAAUGUUCGCCAUCAUCAGCGAAUUAUUGUGUAA